GCGGUUGGAUCCUACUUGGCCUUCUAAGCAUGUUCCAUCUGCAUGUGGAGCAUUACCAUUGCUUAGAAAUUUGGGAUGGAGAUGGCAGAAUCCUUGUUGCUGGCCUGGAAGCGAUGGGCACGACACGGCCCAGAAUGCCGAUAGCCGCAAAGCCGUGAUGACGUUUCCGUCACUUCUUGGGGCCGCCCGAGUCCUGUUACUCUCUCCCACGGCAACGUCGCUUCCUGUUGAUCAGCUGUCAUUCACAAAGCCGACAUCCCCAGACGGCGGUUUAACACCCUUACCUUCAUCUAACAUGAUUUAUCGGCGCAAAAUGGCCAACCGCUCCCAAGAAGGACCCCACUUCCAACUGGGGACUGAAUACACGAACUUCCUGAGCGUCUAGUAGUUGACUAUAAAGGUGAAAGGUCUGGGAGAGCAGAAACCGACUAUGCCUUA